AGUGUUUCAGUGUGCUAGUGAGUUCCGUGGUGUCAAGUUGAGGUUAGGUUGUGCUCUUCGACGUUCGACGCUUCAUCUACGUAACUCGCUAACCUUCUACACAAUAUCGACAAAACUUAACUGCAUCGUCGAACUAAACUAAUAUUAUAUUUGUGUUUUACAAACAGUGGCAGCAUAACCGCCAAAAUUUUUCCCCACGAUCUUAUUCGUAUUCCGUCAGUCGUCGCUGAGAAUCGAGGCUUCACACUGGAGCCCACGUGUCAAAAACGGUGAGCUGAUGCAACUUAUUCAUGCAAAGAUAAUUUCUCAAAACGGAACAAAUUCGAAUGAGAAGCACGUGAGUGAAUAUUCUGGGACUUUCUGAAAUGAGAAGAGUAGCCUACUAGUCGAGAAUGCACGUGAGUUCAGCAGGGAAUAACUUAUCAAAGAAGAUACAGGCCUGCUCACUACACCACUACUGAGAUGUAUUACCAUAUAGAAUCAAGGAGAAAAUGCGACCUGCGGUCGGAAGUUGACACCAAAGAGCCGAAAGACCUCACUGCAGGUCGGGCUGUCCUCCUAUCGACUGCUCAGAUAAAAAUGAGCACAUCACCAGCCACCUCUCCGACAAUGUCGAAUUCGUCGUCGCCCACCCCUCCCUCAGCGGGUCACCCUCCACCGCCCCUCAAUUACAACCACAAGAUCACAGGCAUCCCCUGCGUGGCUGCCGCCUCCCGCUACACCGCCCCCGUUCACAUCGACGUCGGCGGUACAAUCUACACCUCCUCGCUAGAAACUCUCACCAAAUAUCCAGAAUCGAGGUUAGCAAAACUCUUCAACGGUAGCAUUCCAAUCGUGUUGGACUCGCUGAAACAGCACUAUUUCAUCGACAGAGACGGUGGCAUGUUCAGGCACAUACUCAACUUCAUGCGAAACUCGCGACUCUUAAUACCAGACAACUUUGCUGAUCUCGAUUUACUAUUAGAGGAAGCCAGAUACUUCGACAUCGCACCAAUGUGCCGGCAACUCGAACAGCUGAAGAAGGACCGCGAACGACAAAGGAGCACAUCAGGGGGCGGAUCAGCCGCCUCCAGUCCGCGCAACUCCAGCAUCGGGGGGCGAUUGGGGGGCGGUGACAAAUUGGACGUAAAGGCGGCAAUUGGAGGCGGCGAGUGCUACGAAUGUGUGGCACUUCAUGUAAGUCCCGACCUGGGGGAGAGGAUCAUGUUGUCCGGGGAUCGAGCCCUACUGGACGAGGUCUUUCCCGAAACUAACCAAGCUCUGAUGGACGCCAGAUCCGGGAUGGCUUGGAACCAGCACGACACCAGACACGUGAUUCGGUUUCCGUUGAACGGCUACUGUAAGCUAAACUCGGUGCAAGCGGUCACCAGAUUGUUGAACGCCGGCUUUCGAAUAGCGGCCAGCAAUGGCGGCGGCGUUGAAGGACAACAGUUUUCAGAGUACCUCUUUGUGCGCAAGGUGUGACCACUUGAACUCUGUCGUGUGCUAGGUGUGUUUGUCUACUACUUGUUUACUUCAUUUAUCGCCAAUUUUCUACGAAAAUACAUGGAAAAUGUGUUAAUCUAUUUUUCUCCAUUCGUCACAAACGUCCUACGAGAACCAUUCAUGGGAAUGUGUUGAUGUUAUCAUUUCCGAUCUUGGUUCUCCAGUCCCAUCAACUUGAUAACCCACUACUGUUAUCAACAAUAACUGUCAAUUGAUUUCUUAUAUUUUCAUCAGAAAAGUUUGAUGAAACUUCACUUAAGAACAAACUGUAACUGUGAAUUUAACGUUGGUUGUUGGCUGAGAGUGUUACCUGGUUCAUCUCAUUAUUCCUGGUUAUCGGAAUUCACUAAAUAGCUGCAGAUCCACUAAUCUCGCUCAGUCAUCAUAAUCCUUCCAAUUACUCAAACCCAAAGCUUAAUUCGGUAUCAUUGUGAGGAGAAAUGUUGUGACCGUCAGAUUCUUGUAUUAUUGGGAAGAUAUUUAAAAUCUUUAAGAUCUAGAAACGUUUUCGAUGUGAAUGUUGACCAAUGAUCCUUAAAUAUAGUCAUGUAUGAAAUACAAAGCUCGAAUACUUAUGAGCUUCAUCAAGGAUGAUGAAAGGAUUUAUGAGGAGAAAUGAAUAGACCUACUUACAGUUCCAGUUCGAUUCCAGAACACCAAGAAUUGAUUUUUAAUCAUAUGUGAUUGAUGAAGGGAGUUGGUCUCAAGAUUACUUGAACUUUUAGACGAGUUGACCAUCCAGUUUCUGCAGUCUGUAGAGUGACAUGGAGUUACCUGGUUAACACACUGAGACGUUAUUCCUAUUAAGUCUUUCCAUGUCCGAAUUUGUGGAAUUUCGAGGAGAGACCAGUUUUAACUGGGAUAGCUAUUGUUGUUUUCACAUCCGAGUAUAUCCAAUAUUAUAUGAGGGACAAGGUGAUUUGAUUAUUUAACAUCAAUGUGAUGGCUUGGUGAUUUUUUAUCCAUAUUCAUUCAAGAUUUUAACAAUCCGAAAAUGAUGAGUAGUUUGUAAUGUUCAUAUAGACAUUGUAACUUUGUCCCCAUACUAUGUGCAAUAAUUUUUUUCAAAAGGACAAGCUCACUUCACAAUGUGUAUGAAGCAUACGCGCUAGAAUUGUUACUAUCUAUUUUUGAAUGAACGAGUGAUCGAGAAUACUUUCACUAGAAUCCACUUUGCUCCUCUUUCUCAAUCAUUUAGAAAAUUUGAUAAUAUGGUGCGAAUGUAACAUAUUCUUCUUAUCCGUCCCAUAUACAACCAUGCACAGGGUAACGUAUUUUUGUAUUUUUUGUCACAUUUGAACUUUAAUUUAUCUAAAUAGACCAAAACAAAAAUUGUAAAGAUUUAGAAGCCACCGUACUACUUGAAGAAACAAUUAAUUUCACUCAUUUCUCAAAAUCUAUAUUUGAUUCAUUAUAGAAUUACUUGAAAAAAAACAACAAAUAGCAAGACUGAGCAUGUCAUGAACCCAUGAUAAACAGAUCUGUCUUCAAAAUAUCUUUGUAUUUGAUAGAUUAUUAGACAAAGUUCUGAUGCUCCUCCAAUUAAGACUUCAAUGAUGCUCCCACUUCAAGUUUUUAAUCGAAAUAACUAGACCAAUACUGUUGAGUAAUUUUACUUUAAAAUUAUUUCCAUUAUUAGUCAAGUAAUCUACCUUGUAAAUAGUACUUCUUAGAUAAUGAAAAUUUAAUGUGAAUAUUGAAUGACCUCCUUGAAUAAUGAAUAAUAAUUAUUGUUUUCUUUUAGGUCGAGUGAAUUAAAUUUAUUGUUUCAAAUAAGACCAUCUUUAUUCUAUUUCACAUGCUUUAUAAGAGUUGAAUUUGUUUCUGAUUGUAUAGUUUAGAAUUUUAUCUAGUUGAAGCCGCUUGUUGGAGUGGGGUAGGCUCAUCGAAUAGGCUACAAUUCCAAAUCAGUUGAAUAUUAUAUAAAUUAAAAUUACUGAUUGAAGAAAACCUUUUUAAGAGCUUAUGUAAAGUUCACAUCACCCCAUACUAUCUUAAUUUCAUUAAGUAAGGGAAUUGAUGAAUUAAUUCCCUUUAAUUCGUAUUUUGAACCUCUUAUUCACUUAGAAUCACAAUACGAUGUUGUUCAACCAUGAAAGUUGUUUAUUGUUAAGAUAAUGAGAGUUCUUCAGAUUACUGGAAUUCAAUAGUGAAAAUGGUUGUACCUGAUGAGCCUACUAUAUUAUAACAUUUUUGUGAGUUGAUGAUUGUGAACUAGUGUGUAAAAUUAUUUAUUGCUUGUUGCAUAUGUUUGUACAAAUAAAUUGUUAGUUUGACAAUUUGUUACCUGUUUUACAUCAAAAAAUCAAUAUCAUCCAAUUGAUGGUAGCAUAUAUCCAAUAUUAUCAAGAAUAAUAAUUAUUAUUGUAAUAUUGAAUUGUGUUUUGUAAAUUCAUUCCACUCUACUGGAAACGCAAAGUCAAAUAGAAACCGCUUGUUAUUUCA